AUGAAAUAUGGAACUGAAAGUGAAGAUAUCUUAGUUAAGUUUGAUUUGAAGUAUUUGAACGGGUUUGAGAUGGAUAAGAAGUGGGUUGAUGAAUGGCAAAAAUUGCCUUAUAUUUCACCAUAUGAGAAUGCAAAGAAUAUUCCUUCAAAGAGUGAUGAAGAUGAUAAGUGGGCAGUAAUAAUUUUGCAUGAAAUUCUUAGUCUUUGUGUUGGGAAGAAAACGAAGAAAGAUAAUUUGCUUUUUAUAGUAGAGUGUUUGGGACUUUGUUCUAGGUUUAAGAGGGCAUUGAUGUUGCAUCCAGGAAUAUUUUAUGUGUCGCGUAAGGUAGAUACACAUAUUGUGGUAUUGAAGGAGCACUAUAAAAGGAAAAUGUUGAUUCAUAAGAACUUGUUGAUGGAACUAAGAUUUAAGUAUGUUUUUCUCAUGAACAAGGUAAUGGAGGAUAAAAAAUCGAAAGAUAUGCAAUAUAAAGGUAGUCAUGAUUUGAAAGAAGGUGAUGCACCAGAAACUGAUGCUGAUAUGGAAGAAGAAGAAGACGAUGAUGAGGACUCUGAUAUGUAUAAUGAUUACCAUGAUGAAGAGAUGUACAAUGAGGCUAGAGAUGUGAAGCAUAGACAAAGAUUAAACUUAAGGACAAUAUUUGAUGAUAGAAAACCUAGCUGA